AUGGGCAAUGUCAGUAGUGUAUCAUUUUAUGUUGAUCGAACAUGCGCUUUGGCUACUAUUCAAUUUGGUGCAUUCGAUCUGAUCGAUCGAAAUCUGGACUUGAAUGAAGCUCAACUUGUUCUUACUCAUACAUCAGGUCUAUUGAAACUGGGUACCACGAAAGAACUUAAGCCUUAUAUGCAUCUGAUUACUAUUCAAUUGUGUCGUGAUAAAGCAGUUAAUAAUGUGAAUAAUGGAAGCUGUAAAGGUACUCAAUUUCCCGUUCUUCCUCAUCAAUAUCUUGGUAUUCGUUCGGAUUCAUGUCGACUUGGAUAUGCGCCAACACCAGACAAUCAUGUUCUUGCUACAACAUGGGUGAGUAAAAGAUUCUUAUUUUGGAAAAAAAGAAAAUUUUUUGAAAACAAGACAAUAUAUAAGAGAAAAUAA